AGGAGGAGGAGGUUGAAGGAUGGGGACGCUGCGGGAUUUACAAUAUGCCUUGCAAGAGAAGAUCGAGGAGCUGAGGCAACGGGAUGCGCUCAUCGACGAGCUGGAGCUGGAGCUGGACCAGAAGGACGAGCUGAUCCAGAAGCUGCAGAACGAACUGGACAAGUACCGCUCGGUUAUCCGGCCCGCCACCCAACAGGCGCACCAGCAAAGCUCCACCACCUUGCAUGGCGAGCAGAGGACCAAGAGGCAGGCCAUUUCAGCCGAGCCCACCGCUUUUGACAUCCAGGACCUCAGCCAUGUCACCCUGCCUUUCUACCCCAAGAGCCCACAGUCAAAGGAUCUAAUAAAGGAAGCUAUUCUUGACAAUGACUUCAUGAAGAAUCUAGAACUGUCACAGAUCCAGGAGAUUGUGGAUUGUAUGUAUCCAGUGGAAUAUGGCAAGGACAGUUGCAUUAUCAAAGAGGGAGAUGUCGGUUCACUGGUAUAUGUCAUGGAAGAUGGAAAGGUUGAAGUGACAAAGGAAGGUGUGAAACUGUGCACCAUGGGACCUGGCAAGGUAUUUGGGGAACUCGCUAUCCUUUACAACUGUACCCGGACAGCCACCGUCAAAACUCUCGUAAAUGUGAAACUUUGGGCUAUUGAUCGGCAAUGUUUUCAAACAAUAAUGAUGAGGACAGGCCUCAUCAAGCAUACAGAGUAUAUGGAAUUUUUAAAAAGCGUUCCUACAUUCCAGAGCCUUCCUGAAGAGAUACUCAGUAAGCUUGCUGAUGUCCUGGAAGAGACGCACUAUGAAAAUGGAGAGUACAUUAUCAGGCAAGGUGCUCGCGGGGACACUUUCUUCAUAAUCAGCAAAGGCAAGGUAAAUGUUACUCGUGAAGAUUCGCCUGGAGAAGAUUCAAUCUUCCUCCGUACUUUAGGAAAGGGAGAUUGGUUUGGAGAAAAAGCACUCCAGGGGGAAGAUGUUCGGACAGCCAAUGUUAUCGCUGCUGAAGCCGUAACGUGUCUUGUCAUCGACAGAGACUCUUUCAAACAUCUGAUUGGAGGCCUGGAUGAUGUUUCCAAUAAAGCAUAUGAGGAUGCCGAAGCAAAAGCAAAAUAUGAAGCCGAAGCUGCCUUCUUUGCCAACCUGAAACUAUCUGACUUCAACAUCAUUGACACACUUGGAGUUGGAGGUUUUGGAAGAGUUGAGCUGGUCCAGUUGAAAAGCGAUGAAUCAAAAACGUUUGCAAUGAAGAUACUAAAGAAACGCCACAUAGUGGACACAAGACAGCAGGAGCACAUCCGCUCAGAGAAGCAGAUCAUGCAAGGGGCUCACUCAGAUUUUAUUGUGAGACUAUACAGGACGUUCAAGGACAGCAAAUAUUUAUAUAUGUUGAUGGAAGCCUGUUUAGGUGGAGAGCUUUGGACAAUUCUCAGGGACAGAGGUUCAUUUGAAGAUUCUACAACCAGAUUUUAUACUGCAUGUGUGGUAGAAGCUUUUGCCUAUCUGCAUUCCAAAGGAAUCAUUUAUAGGGACCUCAAGCCAGAAAACCUCAUUUUAGAUCACCGAGGUUAUGCCAAACUGGUCGAUUUUGGCUUUGCAAAAAAAAUAGGAUUUGGAAAGAAAACAUGGACUUUUUGUGGAACUCCAGAAUAUGUAGCCCCAGAGAUCAUCCUGAACAAAGGUCACGACAUUUCAGCAGACUACUGGUCACUGGGAAUCUUAAUGUAUGAACUCUUGACUGGCAGUCCACCAUUCUCAGGCCCAGACCCCAUGAAAACUUAUAACAUCAUACUAAGGGGGAUUGACAUGAUUGAAUUUCCAAAGAAGAUUGCCAAAAAUGCUGCUAACCUAACUAAAAAACUAUGCAGGGACAACCCAUCAGAAAGACUAGGGAACUUAAAAAACGGUGUCAAGGAUAUUCAAAAGCACAAGUGGUUUGAAGGCUUUAACUGGGAAGGUUUAAGAAAAGGUACAUUGACACCUCCUAUAAUACCAAGUGUACCGACUGUUACCUUCUCCCCACUUACCCAAGCAGUCAGAAGUUCCAGGCGCAGCGCUUCCGAGUUUAGUUUCCUUUGGAUGAGCGAGCACUGGAGACUUAAGGUUGCAUCUCCAACAGAUACAAGCAAUUUUGAUAGCUUCCCUGAGGACAACGAUGAACCACCACCUGACGACAACUCAGGAUGGGACAUAGACUUUUAAUGUAUUUCUCUUACCUGCUUCUGCCUUGCUGAAGACAGCUUCCUGAGACAUGGCUGCCAGCAGACCUGAAGGAAUUGGGAAGGAUUAGUGCUCGGGGUCACCAUGAUGCCUUGAUUGAUGCUGCUACAGUAACACUACAGUGGCAUUAGGACUUCUUGCUUAGAUGACAAUAGUGCUCUUCACAUGUUUUCUGUUUGAACUUAACAUAGCAGUUGACAUGGUGGUCCUGAAGCAAAGCCUUUUUCACCAGUAAUUAAAUGUGUUUUCUAUCACUGUAAUGAACUCGCUCCAGUCGUAAUUUGAAAGUUGAUAGAAUAAGAUGCACAUAAUUCUAGCUGCAAUAUCAUUGUAUUGCUAAUUCUGUUCUGAAAUGUUAAGUACUGUAGAAUCUACAGUGUGGGAUCUGGGGUACUCCCAAAAAAGCAAAAGGAGUGUGUUGGGCCUCUUAAAGCGGGCCAACGUAUUAAACCAAUGAGGACCACAAAGCUAUUGGUCUUGGAGUUCAUGUCAAAGCAGUGCUAUAUAGGUUGUCUUUCUUUUCGAGCAGUAUUCAUGACAAGAAUGAAUGUUACCCUUUUCCAUAUUUAAUUUCUGAUGUGCUUUUCCCCUCCCAAACUGAUAAAAAAAGCACAACUGCUACAGUUUUUAUUGAACUGUUAAAGCAAGUAUGGGUCGGUCGGUUCUCACACGUAUCUGAGAACAUGGUAUAUCUAACAUUUAAUUUUGUUGGUACAGCUACAUAAGAGCAUGUAGAAGAUUAUUCAUAAAACUACUCAUUUUACAUAUUAUAUAUAUAUAUAUAAUAACUACAUUAUAAACAAAGACAAAUGUGCUUAUCAAAAGGUCCUAGAAAGGAAAUGAUAGCAGCCAACUGGUCCAAUAGGAAUUUACACUGAACUUAAAAUAACAUUUACCUUUUAGAGCCCAAGGAGGGAAAAUGCAAGACUCACUGCAUACUAUAUAGGUGCUAUGUACAUUUUUUAAUCCAUGAAAUAACCAAACAUCCACAAUCAUUUUUCAGGAAAAUAUGUAGCAAGGAAUGUGAUUGUCAACUAAAAUCUCAAAAUAAUAGUCACUCACACACACACACACACACACACGUUUUUGCUGCUCCUCCAUAUAGCAUUGCCAUCAUGUGUUUUGCUUUUUGCCAAAUUCUUAGUCCCACUGUUUUCUAGCUGUAUUUUGAUUAUUUAUUGCAAACAUUAAAUAAUUCCACUCUCUUUGUGAAACGUAAUACAACCACAAGUUAUAUCAAUCAGUCUAAAAAGCAUGGAGCUGAAAUGUGUGCAGCUGAAAUGGGCCACUUCAAAAUCCCAUUCAUUUCAAAGGGAGAGUUGAGUGCAUACGGAAAUUAAUGAGAGUUUAAAAUGUUCCCGUUUGGGUGAAUCAUACUUACUAGGCUUGAGCUUUCUAACAUAUAUGUGUCACUCUUUUGACAGUAAUAGAUUAUAAAAACAUAGAAUAGUGAUAGCAAUCUCGGUGAAGACAUCUACCAGGAAACAUGUACUUCCAAUAUACUUGCACUGCUAAUGCAGCCUUACGUAUACAACAGAGUUUUUAUUAGUUCAAUAAAAAACAACCCCUACAACCCACUUUUAAGAUGCCAUCACAUAAUAUGAAAUGCCACUGAAGAUAAACACAUCUAUCCCCUUGUUCAUUUCCGUCAAAGUAACACCACUGCAGUCUCACAAUAACCUGAAUCCAAAAAAGCAAUUUUCAUCUCCAGUUUUGCUCUUUAUGAGUUAACUUAACCCUCUCUCUUUUUUUUAAUCCGUGUUUCUCCUAGCUUCCAUCUUUUUUGUACUUACACCUCCCUCCUCCUUGAUUUGCCCUUUCCAAUAUUUCACUUCCUUUGGGAUUAAAAGGGCUUAAGUUAAGGCAAAACUAACUUGUUUAACUUACUAUAAAAUAUUGACUUAUUAAUUGAUUCCAGAUGGGACUUAAGUUCAACUAACUCACAGGACGAUCCAGUGCAUGCUUUACUCAGAAGUAAAUCCCACUGUUUUCAUCCAAAGAAAAGAAUGCAUAUGAUAGCAGCCUCAGUGUAGAUCCAACCCAAUUUGUUUAAUUUAAUUUUUCAAACCCUCCCUAGGUUAUAUGCAUUCAAAGCCCUAAUUGCAACAGCAACUUGCAACAGCACUUUCUGUUAAAUGUAUGUCACUGCAAUUUUUUAAGACUUAUAUGAUUUAGGAAACACAGCAGAAUUGUGCUUUCAGUUUGCAAUGUUUAGAUACAAUGCAGUUUUUUUACUAACUCAAUAUAAACGGCGGAAUAGCCCUCAAAAUCUUCGUUUCUUAAAAAUUAGCAGCUGCUCAAUCAACCUUUUCAGUUUCUCAAGGCCGCCAGGCUCCUGGUCUUAUACUUUAGAAGAGAACAUGUGGGUUUAAGGAGUGAAAAAGAGAAACCAUGGCCUUCCUUAUAUACUUGCACAUUUGACAUUAGCAUAACUCUUUCAGGAGUCAUUCCUGCUUGACACUGGUAUACAUCACAGCAAACUUGCGAUCCUAUUUCCACCUCAUUACUGGUAGAAAUAACCAAGAUAUUUAAGCCCUUUUGGGGGGCAGGAAUGCCUUCCCACUAUUUGUUGUGGCAUCCACCUGAUUGAUUGUGAUAAAACAACCAUGCGUAUUAGUGGUCAGGAACAACAUAACCGCUGGAUCUUAGGAAAGAGCACUCUUCUUCCAGUACAUAGGAAUAUUUGUGGGAACACUAGGAUCCAACCACAAAGCAAACACAGCAGCACCAUCUGCAGUCUACUUCAGAGCUUCCAAAACUUACACCACUAUAACAUGACAAGUCUUCCCC